AUGAAAAAUGAAGCCGGUGCCUUUUUCCAAGUAGCCGGCGAACUUUGCCAGACAAAUCAUCUAGUACAAGGCCAAUCCUUGCCACCCCUGGUAAGCCUAUUUAACUUCAUCAGCCAGACAAACUUCGCCAAUCAAAACAAGGUGAAAGAGAACUCUGACGUGAUAAGAUUUCUUGAAGAACUAAAGGAAGACGCAGUAAACAGUGCUAACGAGAAUGAUGCCGAGAGUAAAACAGAAGCCAAGGAGAAGUUGAAUUUUGACAGCCAAAUGGAUUUGAAACUGGUUCUUAUAUUGCUGAUCCUCUUCUCUGUACAACUGCAGUUGCACGAUGCCAUUUUUGCUGCGUAUGACCUUUACGCAUCUCUUUUUCCAAACGAUGGUUGGUUCUUCCUAAGUGCUAACGAUGAGCUUCAGGUUUACUCAUCGAAGACGUCAGUAACCUGUAACGGAAAAACUGCGGUGCUACAGGUUAUGUUUUCCACCACAAUUGGUGACAGCGGAAGUGAAUUAGAGAGCUCCAUUCCUAGAAAUUCUGUGUUUCGAAACAUAGUCUAUAGGAAAGGUAUGCCGACUUACAGCUUAUUGGCCAUUCAAAGCUCAGAUGCCAUUCCAGACGUCGAUGGCAUAAAGCAAGUAGAGCAGGCGACAUUGCGUUCCUUCCAAGAGUACCUGGAAAUCGAAUGCCUUGAAGAGGAAGGCGAAGCUACUCAGUUUAUUGUUGAUCUUUCUGUGAUUUCAGAGAAAGAAUCGUUUCUGACAGAGCGUCGUAGUGAGCUCCUGCCUCUCUGCUUGUCUGAAGAAAAAGAAAAAGCUGAAAUACCUAACGAAAGGAGCAACGUGCAUUCCAUCGUCCCAUUUCUGUGCGAGAAGACAGCUUGGCUUACAUUUGCGGAUGAACCGACCAGUUGUUUCAUGUUCGGUAAAAUUGCGUUAUGGCUUCUGCAGGAAUGUAAAUGGGAAAAGAUGUCCUCAUUGAGAGUGCAAAACCAGUGUCUUGUCCUAACAGUUGUCCGUCCAGUUAAAGCCAAAAUAACAAUCUGGUAUGGAAAUGAUUUCAUCAAACAAAGGGUUCAGAUCAUAUUCACCGAUGACGGGGAACAGCUGUUAGGUGGAACUGGACAGAAAGGUUCAUUGUGCAACUCAGAAGUGUAUAACAGGGUGAUUGAGGAAUUUUUCGCACCAGUCAUCAUUCAUCACUGGACCAGCACCCGUAAUGGUGUACGCGUGGGGACCGCGAUUACUCGAGAAUGCUCCUGGGCUGCUGCGCCUACAGCUGUCCUCCUUGAAUUCAAUGAGCCAGCAUCUUUUCAAAGAUCCUUUGCAGAAGUAAGUAAACGGAUCUCGAUUUCAUUGCCACGUUGUUGUUGAGUUUCAUAUAAAAGUAAUAUAUUUUCCAUAAAAUUAAAUAAUGUGCGACCUAAGUUACGAUUUUGUAUAGUACUUACAAUGAAAUUUUUAGCGCUCCUAUGAAAAAUAAAAUUUUGAACUUGAUCAUUUCAACAUUUAGUUCAUCUGAUUCAAUAUUCCGUUCUGCAGUUAAACAAUUAAAAAUUCAAAACACUAUUUGAUUUAAGUAUUGAUUUCUGAUUGGAUUGAUAAGGCAUCGAUUUUCCAAGUGACAAAGAGAAGUUAAUCUGCUUGACGGGAAAAGAAAUCAGUUGAAAAGAAUUUGUGAACGAGGAAAAUUCAAGCAUUUCUUGUACUAGUAUGUUAGAUUAUUCGUUUCAUCCAAAACGAGCGGAGAUGGAAGGUGCCCUUGCGUUCUCUGAGUCGUUAUGACUUGAAUUUUCAUUUUUUAUAACCUUAACUGGAAACACUUUGAUGACGUAAAGGAUAGUUCUUAUUAGAGGCCUAACAGAACAAGGGUGGCGCAGUGGUGGGAACACUCGCCUCCUACCAAUGUAGCCCGAGUUCAAAUCUCGGCAUCGAAGCCAUAUGUGGGUUGAGGGUACUCUCUGGUUUUCCUCUCUGCUCAAAAACCCUGACUUCUAAUUUCCAAUUCUAUCUGGAACGUACAGAUAGUCUAAACGAGUUCUUAAGAACUCCGAAGGGCUUCGUGGGUAAACACAUGAGGAUGUGGAUGACUUCCCCCAAAUUUAUCGCCCUGCCUUAUAAUUCAGUGUUAUCUGAUGGAUUGUCGUGAGAGCAGGUCAGAAAAACGGUUAAGCGAUCUACGAAACCCCACUAAGACAUAACCUUAAAUGAAGUGGUGUGCAACACACAAUGGGGAAAUUAACUGUGACCUUAUACAUGUAUUUAAACAACUUAGGUUGAUUGUUAUAAGAGAAAACGCGUUAAUAGUUUCUCUAGAAAUAUCUACAAAUUAAUACGCGCAAUGUUUGUCUGGCCUGUAGGAAAGAAGUGCGAGAAAGUGCCUGAAUGCUAUUACCCUUGAGUGUUUGACAGCGGUCAGUGAAUUAACUUACCUUCUUCAUGGCAACCAACACCCUGAUGGUGCAGUACCAGACGUACAUCCUGAAGAUGCAUCAAAAGGCGUCCAAACGAAUGAGGUGGUUCCAAAGGUUACCGAAACUGAUCCCUCUUUCAGUUUCUUUGACUCAGACGUUUCCUCCCUUAAAGUUGACAAAGAUGUCACUCCCGAUUCCCGUGGCUCCGCCACCAUUUCUAGUUAUUGCCGCAAAACAGCCUCCAUUUCUGAAGGUAACACAGAAGAGAUAAACGAAUUGCUGCUUACACCUUCUGGGUCAUCGAAUGCGGAAGGAAGUAAUUCUGUGGCCGUCACCGAUGAAGAUAGGCUGUUAGGGAGGGAGCUGUUCGUAAAAGACAGGAAAUCUCGACACUUUUCCAUUGCUAAGCUACUUGAAGAAAUGAAGAAAAAGGAAAUACUUCCAAAUCCUUGCCUCCUGGUAAAAAGUGAAUCCCAUACAAAAGAAGAGAGUGUAAAAGAAGUGUCUUCUGUGGAAGAAUCAUUUCAUCAGAAACUUCAUUGCGAACGUCUAAGACCAGGAUCUUUCGAUUGCUUUGAACACGAAGGAGAGGAAGAUGGAAACAAAAAAUGCGAAGAUAAUGAGAGUUUUCCGGAAAGUUGUAGAAGUUCUAUGGCCUUUUGCCAGAAACACGCUCCUGGUAUUUUGCAGACAAGUGAAGAAAGGAAAGAAGAGAGAGGCUGGGUAUUUCCCAGCGCUGCUGAACUCCAGAAUGGCUCGGUUUGUCAGUCAGUGAUAGAUGAAAAGGAAAAACAAAGUGCAACCACCAGUACGAUUAUGGAAGUCGCCUUGCUGCGGAAAAAGAAUGGUGAUCAUUUUUGUGUAACGGAAGAAAACGAAGCUAAUGUCAAUGAGGUUUGUGGCCAACAAAGCGAUCAACAUGUGGUUCUUGAAGGCGCCACCCAAGAAAGAGGCAUGGAUAUCAGAGACCCCCAAACUGGCCUGGUUGAAAGAAAUCAUGCCGAACACAACAAAGAAGUAAUGCAACUAGAAGAGGAAAAUGCCCUUCAUAUCGGAAUGUUUAAAAGCCAUGACUCCCAGAAUCAAAGGAAAACGAGCUUGCUUGGCAGUGAGACCAAUUCCGAAUCUUCCAAAAUCUCAGAGAUUGGUGAGUGUUUUGUAGAGAGAGCAGAGGACGCGGUUCAGAACACCUCACGAGAUUUUGAGAGUUUCAAUUUGGGACUCCCUAGUUCUAGGAGAAAACAAAGCCAUGAUAACGUUGACGUGUCAGGUCGAAUUGGUACAAAACUACAGCUGGAUCAACGAGGCCAUCAAAGCGGUGUUAGUGCAAUUCACAGAAAAGACCACAUGAAAAAGACACCUGAAUCUCCAUUUUUUGGAGGCGAUGUCGUUGCAGAUGGUUUUAUCUCAGACGUCUUGCCAGAUUCUACUACUGUUGCUCUUCGACCCACCCUACAGCUUUCAGAAGUCCAGCAAGGAGAUACCAUGGGAGCCAAUACACAUUCUCGGUUUCUGGGUGACGAUGUUGUGGCAGACGCCUACGGCUAUUUAACAGAUGCCUUGCCACAAACAUUUCAAGAUACUGUCGACGGUCCCGCCAUUACGACCGAAAAUCCCCAUUCAGGUGAUGCCACGUUUGAAGAAAGGGGUACUGGAAACGUUUGUUGUGGGAAUGAUGUUAAAGAGGUAAAUAAGCUUCCAAGGAUUUACAAUAAUUGUUCUGAUCAAGUGACUUUGGACAGACGAGUGUUAGUUGAUACUUCCGCAAAUCCUCCUGCAGACAGAGACGACGCUGAAUAUCAUCCACAAGGCUUUGGAGGCGCAAGACCUAAACAAGGAUUGCCUAAGCCACCAAGAUCCUCCAGUGUCAUUGGGAGGCCCGUGCAGUUACGUUCUAGCCAACAGUCCGAGGAAAUUAUUCUCGGCCUAAAUCCCAACUUUGUGGCGCGCCAUGCUGUUACUGACGAUAACCUCCACUACCCUGAUUUUGAUGGAGCCGAAUGGAAAGACCGUUUAUAUCAAUAUAGUGAGGAGCAUCUCUAUUUAGCCAACGUCUCUGGUAAUUUAAGCGGGAAAAAAAGUUUUAACUUGUAUGGACAAGAAGUAUUACAAAAUAGUCAUAACUCAUCCAGCAUAAGUCGACACUCACCUGAAUCAGACGCUUUUGACGGUGGCGCUACCAUGCAAAGAAGUGUUCAUUCUUUGGCUAGAAGUCCGUCACUUCUCCCCAAGGAGGAGAAAAGCUGGCAUUUUCCACCUUUACAAGGAACUACAGAAAACCGUAUCCUACAACGUAAAUACCGAGAAAACUACGGUCCUGGUCACUUGCAAUUGACGCAAGAUCAUGGACCAAUGUUUCAGAGUCCAAAUCCAGAUUCAAGCAAUGCCAUGGUCGUAGCCUCGACCAAUUUCAAUAACAAUACCGACAGUUAUGGCGAUUCUUCCUUGCAUUCGACUUACACCAGGGAAGCAGAUUCGGUUACUGUGCAUGAAGACCAGCGGGAUUUAAUUGAAGACAACAUAGAAACCCAUCUAGAGGAUCUAGAAAAGGUCAUGUCGCGAACUGUAGGCCUCUUCGCCUCUAUUGUGGCCACCGAAACGCAGGUGGAAAUUAAAGAGCAAAAUACAGAAAAGGUAGGUAUACAAGAACAAGCGAUGAGCGGAGUAGACAAUGGCCAAACCGAAAUUGCUGGGGGAGUAUAUUCUGGAGAACAAACAGCCCUUAUUCCGAGAAAUGAACAAACCACAGACACUAAGAAGGAAGACGGCAUCUCUCCCAUUCAAGAAAGCCCACGUCCCGCAUGCGGUCAUUAUCAGCGGCGAUGUCUUGUCCGUUUUCCAUGCUGCGGACGUUUUUACCCCUGUCACAGGUGUCACAAUGAGUCGGCCGCAUGCACUGAUGACCAAGCAAGAGCCAUAAACGCUACACAUAUCAGAUGCAUUAUCUGUUACCAUGAACAAGUGGUAAGAUGAUGAUACAUCCAUCUAUUUGCUAAUGCUUUGUAGUUUCUACAUUAAAAUUGUUGAUACCACGCUAGCAGGCGUCCGGCGUCGUCAUGUUUUAAGUGUACUUGCUUAAUUAGGGCGCACUAUUCAAUUCCGACCUCAGGCAUUUGCAGUCGGUUGAAUUUUUUGAGCAAACCAGAUCAUGAACUACAACAGGAAUCCCUUGGAGAAUGUUUGAUAUCCCUAGAACUUGCAUUUCCGUUGGGUCUCUGUUUUUUUUAAAUAUAUUUUGCAAGGCAGAAAACUUCCAACAAGAUAUCUGAAAGAUAGAUCUUAACGUUAAGCUUAACUUCUGUUUUUGUUUAUCUUUCUUUGUUUUAUUUUAUUUUUUGAGUUUGAUUUCAUAUUCUCUAUAAUAAAGUAUGUAAUGCAAUUUAUGACACUAACAAAUGUUUUUAUAUUUUCAAACCAUAGAUUGACGAGGGAAGCCAAAAGUGUCGCGGCUGUAAUUCGAAAAUUUCAGAUUAUUUCUGCGCCAUCUGUAAACAUUUUACUUCGCUCGACAAGAAUCCAUUCCAUUGUGACAAGUGUGGAAUCUGUAGGUAGGAGGUAUAUUCUUGACUUUAGGUCUAAGGAAAUGUACUUAUAUUUUUUUGUUUCCUUGAAGUAGGCGCAUAGCAUUUAAUAAUAAUAAUAAUAAUAAUUUAUUCAUUUAUAUUGCGCUUUUUAACAUGCUAGGUGAUCAAAAGCCAAUUACAACAAUAAAUAACCUAAAAACUAUACAAAUAUUAGAAAUAUACAAAUAUAUUUAAUAUCUAAGAGAUAUUAAAAGCUAAUUUAAAAAGAUAAGUUUUAAGAUUAGACUUAAAAGUAGAACGCUUGAUGUUGCGAAGGCUAACAGGAAUGACAGAGCUGAACAAGGUCUGCGCAUGUGCCGAGACGGGAGAGGUCUGGAAUCUAACCUAGUAUCGUUUUCAAAGGGAUUUUCAAAACGUCCUCACAUUUUGGCGAUUAUUAAAGUGGAUUCUGAAUAUUUAAGGUCCUCAGUUAAACUAAAGGUAGAUUAUUUCAUACUUUAUUCAAUUCUCGUUUCUACCCUUGUAAUUUUUCUUCUACUUUUUUCUAUGAACAAAAGAAGACGCACGAACGAAUCAUCCCUGCAAUAAUAGUAUCGUUUGAAAAGCGAUUUUCAAAACAUACUCACAUUUUGGCGAUUAUUAAGGUGGUUUCUGAAUAUUCAAGGCUCCCAUUUAAACUAAAGGUAGAUUAUUUCACACUUUAUUUAAUUCUCGUUUCUACCUUUGUAAUUUUUCUUCUACUUUCUUCUAUGAACAAAAGAAGACGCACGAAAGAAGCGUCCCCGCUAUAAAUUAAAUAGUAUCGUUUGCAAAAGGAUUUUCAAAACAUCCUCACAUUUUGGCGAUUAUUAAGGUGGUUUCCGAAAAUUCAAGGCUCCCAUUUAAACUAAAGGUAGAUUAUUUCAUACUUUAUUGAAUUCUCGUUUCCACCUUCGUAAUUUUUUCCCUUUUUUUGCUAUGAACAAAAGAAGAUGCACAGACGAAGCCGAAAACAGUUCUUUCAUUCGAAUGUGUACAUUUUCAAGCGUAAACACAUGGAAGUACAGAUUAUCAAUAUGUUAUCAGUUCUAAGAAAUCGUCUGGACAUCAUAUCAGUGUCAGCAUUAAAGGUACAUUUUAUUUAUCUCUGUUUUUCCUUGAAUGAUCGUCCUUAAGUUAUUUCUCUUGUUAUAUCUCGCUUGGUUUCACUAUAAGAACUGUAAGAACACAAAACAAUCACUGAGGUUUCGAAUUCAAUCAAGUUCUUUCUUCCAAACUUGUUUCCCUUUAUGACUCAUUCUUGGCUCAGCUCAAAAGAGCUAUUAUAAAUUUUUGUAUAUGACAACAGGCAAAAUUAAUGUUGAAAAGAGUAAAUGGGCAAGUAAUACAGUCGAUGCUUGCUGGUAAAAGUAUCAAUGACUUGAAGUUCUCUAAAAAGCUUCAUUACAGAGAAAGCACAAUCUGACUCUUUACAAACUUUCAUUUAUUUUUCUCUUCGAAGUCUAGAUCUUCAUUCCUUGAUUCUUCUGCUUCAUUCAAACCUGUCAUAAAAGGAAAACCUAUAGUUAAUACGAAAACUCACAUAGAGCUGAGCCAACUUGUGAUUGUUUCCCAAAACUUCAACAGCUUUAAACUUUUAAAGGUUUAUCCACUAAUAAGCUUAAAGGUGCAAAUUAAAUUUUAAACAAACUUUACCGAAUAAAUACUGAUUCUACAGCUCGACCAGCGCCUCUAAGCCGGCUAGAGGUACGUAAAAGCUUCUUUGAUCGCACUAAGAUUUGUAACUAAGUUUAUGACUUUCACGACUUCUUGUGUCUGAUGGUAUCAUCGCGCUCAAAGCCGGCUGUCUUGCCACCAAGUCAAAAGAAACGGUCAACAACUGUUAUCGCUCGGCCUACAUUACAAAUAUUUGCUCCUCCUUAACCAGAAUAAAGUAAUGUUUAAGUAAAUCGUUUACGUACCAUCGAAGAAAAGUCGCCCAAACUCCAGCACGUUGCUCUUUUUUAAUUUCUCAGUCAUCUUUCUGCAAACUUACUGACGAUCUGCAUCAAAACAAUGAAAAACCUUCGCCGGGACGGUCAAAAACAUUUUCCUUGAUCCCUGGAUUACAUAACAUUUCUUUCCAUGAGUUGCAUUUCUAACGUAUUCGUAGAAUUUCUCCUUUGUUGGCAUUCACAAAUAUGAGUUUAGAUGGUCGAAGAUAAAAUGGUCUCAGAUGCUAGAAUUUCACUUUGCGCGAGUGCUUCGCGCACGGGCUAGACUAGUAAACAAGUGAUGUCACGGACAUGCGUAGUACGUUAUUCAGCCCUGUCAACAGGAAUAGGGUUUCAUGAAGUGGGCGCAGCCACACUGAAGGGUCUCUCACCAAAUGACUUUUUCAUUUUCCCUGAUGGAUGCUUUAAUAAACCACCUUCAUUAGAGCGCAGCAAAUAGCGCGUAUUAAUCUUAAUAUGAAUUAAAUCGAUGAUUUAACUAGGUGCCAUGCCACAGAGGCCUUUGAAAGUAAGUAAUAAAAUUUUAAAAUUAAUUCUAUAUCUUACUGGUAACCAGUAUAAAUUUGUCAAAAUGGGCGUAGUAUGGUCAUACUUUUUACAUGACAUAAGCAGCCUAGCUGCUGCGUUCUGUACUCUUUGCAACUUAGUUAUUUCACAGUCCGGUAAUCCAUAGAGAAACCAUUAUAAUAAUCAAUUCUACUUGUAACGAAGGCAUGCAACACCAUUUUUAAUUUAUCCCUAGGCAGAAAUUGGCUUAUUCUCUUGAUAUUAUGUAACCGGAAAAAUGCCGCACUACAAGACACAGAAAUAUGGGUCGACAUAGAAAAAUGCGAUUCGAACCAGGCGCCGAGGUUACGCGCUACUUUAACAGGCUUAAUAUCAAUAGUGCCAACACGGACAGAACAGUGAUGAAUUUUCAGCAACUGUGGUCUCCAUCCGAUAACAAGAAAUUCAGUCUUAUCAUUGUUGAUCUUUAGUUUGUCCCGGUUCAUCCAUUUACGUAAAUCACUAAUGCAUCGCUCCAUGGCUUCCAAUGCCAUCACUUGAUCCGUAGGACUGUUAGGAUCGAAAGACAAGUAAAGUUGCGUGUCGUCAGCGAAGCAAUGCGCAUUCGGCAGGUGGUCUUGUACUAUCUCAAAGAGCUUGGAGGCGUAAACCACAGACAGAAGCUCAAUAUCACAAUAUCAACCUGAUAACUGUACGGAUCUGAGCGGCCCAGCAUUGAGCAGUGCACAACGCUUCAACGCUGAGUACGUCCACAUUCACUGCAAAAGCUACCCUUUGUUUUCUUUUCCAGAUAAGAGUGGAGAGAGAAUACCUUAUCGCCGAAACAAGGGCCAUAUGUUGCACUCUGAUCUUUCUCUUUUCAAGUCAAUCAUGCUCUCCCAAAAAUAAAGUAAAUUACCAGACUUUCAAGGCUGUAUGUGGUUUAACAAUCACAAAACAAUUUAACGUUUCCAAACAGUGCUCCAUACUUUGUCCAGGAUCAUACCACUUGAGUGAUUACUUACUGAGAAACCCUUUUGGCCUUACCAACGCCACCUCUAGUCUGAUUAUUUGAGGCUAUUUUUUUUUUGUUACAACCUCUUUUGGACCGCUGAGAUGUAAACUGCUUACUCGCCGGUAGCUCCAGGCUAACUGAAGAAAAUGCUUGUUCUGUCCUCACUCCGUGUAGUGCCUUCUACAUGAAACGAAAAAACAAACAGACAAAUCAGAAUUUCCUCUCACUUUUGCAGCGCUUCAACGCUAUUAUUAUUAUUAUUGCUUUUAUUCUAGUCAGUUAUUUCUGAAGUCUUUUACGUUUUUUCACUUGCUGAAAUGUUUUUUCGUUCUUUGUUUUUUCUUCUUAGAAUUCAUCGUGAUAAGUCUUUUCAUUGCGAUGUAUGCAACGUUUGUCUGGAUAAAAGACUUCAAGGGAAACACAAGUGCCGACCAGACUCUGGGCAUGAUGAAUGCUGCAUUUGCCUAGAGGUAAAAUAUGUUUUAUUAUUAGGAAAAGUUUCUAGGGGAACAUAUUUCAUAUUGCGAUAUCAAAUCUGAUAUCAAAUAGCUGUGUUGUGCAUUGUCUAGUUUGCUAGCUAAUGAAGGAAAUCUGUUAUAUGUAGUCCGUUGUAUGUAGUUACUCGGGCAGCUAAAAGCAUAAUUAGUUCCGGUCAACUGUUUCCCUGCAUGAGGGACUACUGUAGUAUCUGGUAUUCACGUAAGAAUAUAAAGUGGAUGAGGUAAAACAGGGAUCCGUAAAGGGAGAAAGGAAUGGAGAGGAAUUUUACUUAAUUAUGAAUUAUAUGCAUCUCAUUCGAUCCUUAAUCCGCAUGCAAGUGAAGAAUGACGACUUUUUGUUUAAACGUUCACGGUACAGACAGGAAAUUUAGUCCUAGCAACAAGGUGAUGACGACGCGGAGCUGCGCCACCAUGUAAUGGCAACUUUUGUAAGGAAGUAUAAAUUAAGGAGGCGGGCAAAACAGAGAAAUAAGAAAGUGACAAAGACAGAUUUUGGUGCAGCUUUACAGCAAUAUCACGUAACAAUGCGUGAGAGGCUCAUACGCACUGCCAAAGAUGAUCGCUACGAUGACAAAUGGAGAAGAUUUAUAUUGAAUAUCGACCAGAGCCCUCUUUCCUUUGCCGUUUGCAUCAAGACGACCUACGAGCUCUCAGAAGAAGAACAGCACCAGAUUGGAUUAAUCAGCCUGGUAGUGGGCUUGUAAAACACCAGUGCGCAGUUCAGGUGUGCUUCAGACCGAUUAAAUGGUGAUCAGCGUAGACUUGGUAUCAUUUUUCGGGGUACAACUAGAACAAACGAAUCAGCAAUGAUAAAAAGGCAGCUAUCACCCCGAUUUUGGUGUUUUCUUUCAAACAAAAUGCAUGGGCGGACACCACUACCUUUGUGGAAUGGGUUGAGAGAACCCUUUCUAAAGCUGUGGCUGAUGACUAUCGCUUUUGUUUGUUUUGUAAUAAUUUGAAGAAGCAGUAUCGUAACUUAGGGGUGUUGUUUGGUACGGAUUACCCGCAACAACAGAUCUAUGGCAGCCAGUUGAUGCUAGUUAUGCACAACUCCUUAAGUCCUUGAUUGGGCAAGCUCAAAGACGGUGGCUGGAUGAUGAAGACAAUGCAACGAAGUGGUACGGCCACGAUAAGAGUUUUACGUCCAUGCAGCGAAGAAUAUUGAUAACCCACUGGGCUGGAGAUGCCUAAAACAAGCUAGUAACACCUGCUUAUGAUCACCUGCGCCUCAAAGUGUGGCAGAAGACAGGUCGCCUGAUUUCAGGACGAAUUGGUCAAACCAGAGCGCCUACUCAGCUACAUUUUUCCACCACCUUCCCUACUACAGCCUUUAUCAUCUGAUCCACGUCAUGAGGACAACACUUCCACCAGCUGUAGAACUGACAGCGAUGCUGACAAUGAGAAUUAAAAUGAGGAGAGUGGGCCUGAUCCAGCAGAGGACAGGAUGACGGACAGGGACUAUGACAAUCCACCAGUGGGAAGAAAGGUGACUGCGUUUAAUGAGAAUGGUUGGUUUACCGGCACUAUCCACUGCUUGAACAAAGUUCUAAAGGAGAUCAAACAUCUGAUUUUCUCACCGUCCAAGAUUUUGAUAACGUGGAAGAUGUAUUUUGGAACUCGAGCGUUAGACACUUUCUUACACGAUGUAGAUAUUGGGUCCAUUGUAUAAGGCAUAUUUCACAGCUUUCCUUUUUUUACGUUACUGUUAUUGCGCUUCUAGUGACAACUUUCUAACGACAAUGGUUUUAGUUUUCUCAUAAAUGAAUUGUACAAUUACAAUGUAAAUGUAUUAUUGAUCAUACACAAAAGGAAUGUGUUGAGAGAACUAAAUUUUACACCCUGAUUCCAUAUAGGACAUUACGGUAAUUCAGAUUUUCUGGAUAUAGGAAAGUAAAAGUUUUGAAAAAUAAAUUUUUCUUCUCUGAGAAUCGAAUUUGUUCUUGGCAUGUUCUUAUAAAAAUUUCUUUUAAGAAAGAGAGUGUACGCCAAUAAACUAGAUGUAUAUGCUCCAAAAUUUUAAGGUGAUUCGCUGAUUUUGCACUGCGCAUCUUUUACUUCGCAUAGCAAGAUCGACACCGAAAACAAGAGCGUCUGAAGUAACAUUACUUAAAUGAAGUUGACUGAAGAAAAACGGUAUUUGAAUUUUCGCUUGCGGUUGUUCUUGCCGAGAUGAGACUCAAUGUGUUAUGAAUGUGCAAAACGUCAACAGCGCGCGUGUUGUUGAGUUCGACUUCCUCACGGAGAACCUCGAUAGUGGAUGUUAAACUUGUGCUAACUCACAUUGCUUUUCAUUUAAGCGCCGUCUUUGUCACAUUGCGUCGCAACAGUGAUAUCUCGAUUUCAAUUCUGUAAAAACGGAUUUUUUAAUGCUUUCUUCCCCCUUCCACAUACAUACCAUUUUUAAACUCGCCCCAGUCCUCUGUCAAAAAACGGAGGAAAUUUAUUUUGUGAGCACUUUCUGCAGCUCUACGGCAAAAACGAGUGCGGUGAGCCCUAUUUUUAUUUCAUGAUUUUAGUACGAACAGUGCAACCUUUAAAUGAGAAAAAAAUUGGCAUAAAUCUAUGUUCAGUUUUUUAGCAAUUUUACUAAAUUGUACGGAUUGAGCUAUAACGGGUCGAAUAGCGCGUGUCCAAAUUAAGUCUACUUUGGAGCGCAAAGUAAAAACAACGGCAUUGAAAGGCACUUUUCUGGUACGUACGUCGAUAAACAACACAUUUAAGUCGAAUUCUGUGCGAUACCACAUGCAUCAUCGAAAAAAUCUCUCCUUUUUGUCUAGUUUUGACGUGCGCGAGGUUUUUGCCAUAGGGUGCUAAAUAGCCGUAUUUGUCAGCAUUGUGACGUGAAAACAAGCACAGUAACCCCCACUUUUUAUUACUUUUUUUAUCAUCUUCCUGGCUUGUUGCAUCAGUGUACCAAGUUUCAUCUGCAAUCUAUGUUAGGUUCUUUUACUAAGGUACCACCUUAAGUCGGUAAUCGAAAGUUGAAUUUCGUUAUUUACAAGGGUUUUAAACAAUGCAAGUUUACUCCUACUCCAAAUCCAAAUCACGUUACAAACACUUCUCCCGAUUAACAAGUAAAAGAAUAAGAGUGCACCUUGACAGGAAAUGCGUUUCCAUCACCCCUAUGUUUUCCAUAAACCAUAUAUCAUGUCUUAGACAAUGACCAAUUUCUUUCUAAUGUUAGGAUGCUUUCAGUGGCUGUCAAAUUCUUCCUUGCUCCCAUAAAGUGCACAAGGAUUGUGCUAUAGCCAUGAUACAAAACGGAAUGUAA